AUGAGCGGUAAGCUCUCAGUGUCAAGCGUGCGGAGCUCCGUCAAGGAAAUCCUGGCGGAAGCCAAUGGCGAGAAGAAGCGUAACUUUGUGGAGACAAUCGAGCUUCAGAUCGGUCUCAAAAACUAUGACCCCCAGAGAGACAAGCGUUUCUCUGGCACCGUCAAACUCCCCAAUGUCCCCCGUCCACGCAUGUCCAUCUGCAUUCUUGCCGAUGCCGCUGACAUUGACCGUGCAAAGCAAAUUGACCUCGAGUACAUGUCCGUCGACGACUUGAAGAAACUCAACAAGAACAAGAAACUCGUCAAGAAGCUGGCAAAGAAAUACGAUGCUUUCUUAGCAUCCGAAGCCCUUAUCAAGCAGAUCCCUCGUCUCCUUGGUCCCGGUCUUUCAAAAGCCGGAAAGUUCCCUACCCCCGUAUCUCACUCCGAGGAUCUCUCUAACAAGCUUGUCGAAGUCCGUUCCACGAUCAAAUUCCAACUCAAGAAGGUGCUGUGCUUAGGUGUGGCAGUCGGCCACGUCCAGAUGACGGACGACCAAGUGUUGGGCAAUGUCAUGUUGAGCAUUAACUUCUUGGUCUCCCUGCUCAAGAAGAACUGGCAGAACGUCAAGUCGCUCCACAUCAAGAGCACGAUGGGCAAACCUGUCCGGUUAUUCUAA